UCUUCAAAGACAUAUGCUACCCAGCUAAUAAAGCAGCUGGUGACAGAGAGGUACUCUGGAAAUGGUGGCGUAAGAGAGCACAUACUAAGGAUGAGCAAUUUGGCAUCCAAGCUGAAACCAAUGGAUCUGACUUUCAAGGAAGAGUUCCUUAUCCAUCUGAUUUUUGCUUCUUUGCCAAAAGAGUUUGACACUUUUAUUGUCAACUACAACAUACAGCCCGAGAAGUGGGACUUAGAGAGGCUCAUGGCUAUGUGUGUGCAAGAGGAGGAGAGAAUAAAAGCUGCCAAUGGUGGCACUAUCAAUUAUGUAAAAGAUAACAAGAAAAAGAAUUAUAAUGCUAACUCCUCCUCAAAGUCAAAGGGAAAAUGUCCACAUCAGCCUCAGCAGAAUAAGUUCACAGUGGAGAAAAACCAGUGUCUCCAUUGCAAGAAGACGGGACAUUAUAAGAAAGAUUGUCCCGAUUUCUUAAAGAUGAUCAUGGCAAAGAAAGGGAUUCCGUUCGACGAGGACUACACAAAGAAGAGAAAGACACAUUAAAGUUGCAAAUGGAGUCCGAGCAAAUGUUGAAGCUGUUGGCGAUCUUUCUCUAGAGCUUGCUGAUGGCUUCACACUUUUACUUAGAGAUGUACUUUAUGUUCCCUCUUUACAGAGAAACUUGAUUAGUGUUUCAUGCUUGGACAAUGAUGGAUAUGAUUGCCAUUUUGGAAAUGGCAAAUGUAAGAU